AUGACAAAGCUCUCCACCACGUUCGCCACCCUUGCUGUGCUCCUCCCCGUCGUGCUCGGCCAGGCGGCGGAGUGGGGCCAGUGCGGUGGGAUCGGCUGGAGCGGUGCGACGACCUGCGUCUCCGGUACGGUCUGCACCGUCCUCAACCCCUACUACUCGCAGUGUCUCCCCGGAUCCGCGUCGUCCACGCCCCCGACAACAACCACUGGUGGCUCGACCCCGACGUCGACUGCGCCCGCGUCGACCGCGACCGGCUUGAACAAGCUCGCCCAGGCGGCGGGGAAGAAGUACUUCGGGAGCGCGACUGACAACCCAGAGCUGACCGACACGGCGUACGUUGCCAUCCUGAGCGAGACGAGCGAGUUCGGGCAGAUCACUCCUGGGAACAGCAUGAAGUGGGACGCGACCGAGCCGAGCCGGGGCACGUUCACGUUCACGAACGGCGACGUCGUCGCGAGCCUCGCGGAAGGCAACGGGCAGCUGCUCCGCGGCCACAACUGCGUGUGGUACAACCAACUGCCGAGCUGGGUCAGCGGCGGCACGUUCACCGCGGCAGACCUGACGGACGUGAUCACCACCCACUGCGGAACCGUCGUGGGACACUACAAGGGACACAUCUACUCCUGGGACGUCGUCAACGAGCCCUUCAACGACGACGGCACCUGGCGCACCGACGUGUUCUACAACACCCUCGGCACCUCCUACGUCCAGAUCGCGCUCGAGGCGGCGCGCGCGGCGGACCCGAACGCGAAGCUGUACAUCAACGACUACAACAUCGAGUCGACCGGCGCCAAGUCCAACGCGAUGCUCGCGCUCGCCAAGAGCCUGCUCGCCGCAGGCGCGCCGCUCGACGGGAUCGGGCUCCAGUGCCACUUCAUCGUCGGUCAGGUGCCCACGAGCCUGCAGACGGUCAUGCAGCAGUUCACCGCGCUCGGGCUCGAGGUCGCGAUCACGGAGCUCGACAUCCGGAUGACGCUGCCCGCGACGGACGCGCUGCUCGCGCAGCAGGAGACGGACUACGAGAACGUCGUGAAGGCGUGCAUGAACGUCGAGGGGUGUGUCGGGAUUACCGUUUGGGACUGGACGGACAAGUAUUCGUGGGUGCCAGGCACGUUCUCGGGACAGGGCGCGGCGUGCCCAUGGGAUGAGAACUUCAACAUCAAGCCCGCGUACAACGGCAUCGCUGCGGCGUUGGCUUGA